GAAUUAUCACAUAAGUCUUAUCGACCCGUCAGUGUAUUCACAUUUCGCCUGAACUAUGCAGUGCACGGGCUGCGUCCAUUUGGCUACCACCUAAUUAACGUUCUGCUGCACGUUGUCGUGACGCUUCUUUACGCGAGUGCCUUAAGAAAUAGACUGACGGCAGAUGGACCGACGAUAGUAUGCAGUGUGGCACUGCUAGUAGUGCCUUUUCUACCGGCUUCAAAUCUCUUCUUUUAUGUUGGUUUUGUCAUCGCCGAACGUGUCCUCUACCUGCCUAGUUGUGGUUUUUGCCUUCUCGUUGCUUUUGGAAUGUUAAAGCUGCUUAGGCUUUUUGAGAGAAAAUUUUGGCUUACCAUCUUCUUGAAGCUAUCGCUAACUCUUCUAGUUGGCAGUCACAUUGCUAAAACGGUUCUUCGCAAUGAAGACUGGAAGACGGAAAUGCGCCUAUUCACCUCUGGUCUAAAGGUGCAUCCAGGCAAUGCAAAGCUGCUCAACAAUAUUGGCCACGUCCUGGAAGGUGAAGACCAAUUCGAAGAGGCUUUAAAGUACUUCCUAAGGGCAACACAAGUUCAGCCAGAUGAUCUGGGCGCCUUCAUCAACGUCGGACGAGCUUACUCCAGUCUGGGAAUGACCAGCAAGGCAGAGGUGUACUUUCGAAAAGCAAAAGAUCUUUUGCCAACUUCUGUUGUCUCAAAAAACGCCAAAUCUGGUCCUACUUAUGCUCGCAUUGCCCCCUCUCACUUGAAUCUCUUCCUCAACCUGGGCAGUCUGCUAGCGCAAAAUCGUUCUCGACUGUCUGAAGCGGAAGCUCUCUAUCGGCAGGCCAUUCGCAUGAGACCGGACUUUGUUGAUGCCUACAUGCGCCGUGCAGAGGUGCUGUUGAAGCUGAAUCGCUCAGAUGAAGCGGAAGCUGUCUACCGUACGGCACUUCGCUUCGACGACGGCAAUGCUGACAUACACUACAAUUUAGGCGUCGUUGCCAUUGAAAACCGCCAGCUGCAUCAGGCAAUUGAGCACUUUGAAACGGCCAUUCGUCUUCACCCAAAACAUCCGCAAGCACUUCUCAACUACGCCAUCGUCGUCCAAGACGCCGGUCGCCAGGAGCUGCUGUUUCUGGCGGAGACUCGUCUGAAGAUGCUGCUCUCCACUGCCCAGGACCCUGCCAACUUGGAGCGAAUCUACUUCCACCUGGGCAUGAUUGCCAUGAACUCUGACCACCUCUCUGACGCCGAACACUGGUUUAGCAGUGCACUGGCACUGCGAACCGAUCACCGCUCGGCGGCCUUCAACCUGGCACUGCUGUUCACCAACAGCGGUCGACCGCUGAAGGCGCUGCCCUGGCUGCAAACUCUCCUGCGCCACCAUCCUGAUCACCUGAAGGGCCUGACGCUGCUCUGCGACCUCUUGAUAAAUCACUCAAAGAACAUGAACCAGGCGGAGGCCUGCUACCAGAGACUGCUGCGCGCCAGACCGGCGGACAUUGCCGCCCGGCACAACCUGUGCGUCGUCUACGUGGAACAGGGUCGACUGGAUGAGGCGGAGAGCUGUCUGCUGAAAGCGGCCACACUGGGCGCUUCACACCAGGACUACGUCGAUCGCCACCUGGCCAUCGUUCGACUGCGCAUUGCAAAGAUGCGCUCUGCUGCUGCUAAUGCCAAGAAGAACAGCAGUGCUCCGUAA